GUUUUUGUUGUUUUCAGAGCGCAUAUAUAUAUAUAUGAUUACAAUCGCAUAUGAUGCAAGGAAAUAUGAAAUGCGUUAGUUAGAAUGUACAUCGGUCUUCGGCGGUCAUCAUCAUCAUCAAUCCCGCGAAACGCCGCAGAAAACUCUUUGAAGACUCGCAUGAUGACGAUGGUGGCGGCAACCACCGGCAGCAGCCGCAGAAGAAGCAGCAGCAAUAAUAAUAAGCAGCACGCAAAUAACGAGGAUCAUCAUGCACCUCAUACAGCACCGGCACCAUCGUCAUCGCUUGCUGCUGCGGCUAGUGGUCGUGCUGCUCAACAUGCUCUGGGUCAUCUUCCCGAGAAAAAUGAUGAGAGAAAUCGGCACCGAAACUCCUCGUCGUCGUCCUUGCUGUUGGCGGCGACUCAUGACGACGAGUGCUGUCGAAACGAAAAUAAUGGGGAGGAUGAGGUGAUGAUGACCUGCAUGAUGAGCAGACCAAAUAUGAAUGAGAAUCACCAGCAGCAGCCGCCUGAUGAUGAUGAUGAUGAUGAUGAUGCUGAUGAUGUGAUGCCCGUGAUAAUGCCUGCUGUUGCUGCUGCUGCUGCUGCUGCUUUAAGACCAGGACGAUGCAGCUCGUCGUCGUCUCAUCUGACGAUCGUCCGUCACAUCGACGACGACGACGACAACGAGUCAGGGUUUCGCGGCCGAUCCUCCGGCUCACCUUAUUGCAAGCAUGAGCAACAGGGACGAGGGCCCGAGGAGGACGAGGACGACGACGCCGAUGAUGAACUACGACCUGCUGCUGCUGCUGCUGCUGUUUUUCCCAUUACCACCAUCACCACCACCAGCAGCAGCAGCCCUAAUCAAAUCCAGCAGCAGGGUCAUCACUAUUACACCGAUUCAACGGCCAUGCCAACGACGACAACGACAACGACAACGACAACGACGACGACGACGACAACGACGACUGGAGUCAUCGAGCCCUACUACUGCGCCGUUUGUGGGGACAAGGCCACUGGGAAGCACUACGGCGCUGCGUCCUGCGACGGCUGCAAGGGCUUCUUCCGACGAUCCGUUCGCAAGAACCAAAAGUAUUCUUGUCGAUUCAAGAAGGUGUGCAUGAUUGACAAAGAACGAAGGAACCAAUGUCGACACUGCCGACUGACCAAGUGCCUCAGCACUGGCAUGAAAAGAGAAGCCGUGCAAAACGAAAGAGACCGAAUCAGCAGUAGUGCCGGUAACAACAAGAUGACGAGGAUGAUGAGCAGCACUUGUCCGAGAAUAAGCGACACGAGCAGCAGCAGAAAACCCCUUAUUGCAUCAUCAGCAGCCAAGGACAGCAGCACCACUGCCAUCACCAGCACCCUGUUUCUGCUGGACAUGUUGCUGCAAGCAGAGAGAACCUUGUUUCAGCUCGGCCCGUUCUUGGACGACGAAAACGUGCACGACAAGAGAUUGGCUCAAUUCUGCGACGUGACUGCGUCUGCUUCCCACCAACUGCACAAUCUCGUCACGUGGGCUCGGCAAAUCCCGUCCUUUUCGGAUCUCCCGCUUUCCGACAAGAUUUCCUUGCUGAAAGCGCAGUCCGGGGAGCACUUGUUGCUGGGCGUGGCGAGAAGAUCUUUGAAAAUGGAGGACGUUCUACUGCUGAGCAACGACACCAUCAUCGUGAGGAAUUCCGACGAACAACGUGACAUGAACGGGGUCGGAGACAGGAUCAUGGACGAGCUCGUUGACCCCAUCAAAGAGCUCUCGAUCGACGACGCAGAGUUCUCGUGUCUCAGGGCUUUCGUUUUCUUCGAUCCCUGUGAGUUGUUAUACACCUAG